CGGCGCGGCCCUCGGGCACAGGCGCGGCCGGAAACGGUCCGGCAUGGGCCGCACAGCCGCCGGCUCCCCGGGUCGCCGCGGGCAGCGGCGCCGGUUGCCGGGCAGGCGGCGGCGCCGAGUCCCCCCGCGGCGGAAGGCUGGGGCUUGCGGGCGCAAGAGGGCGCGCCCCCGACGGAAGGAGCCGCGUCUAGAGAGAGCGGGGCAGGCGGCGCUCGCGACCUGUGAUAGCGGCUGUAGCGCCGAUUCCCGGGAUCCGUGUGCCUCCCGAGACGACUGGCGCUGUGCUCAGUCCAUGCACGAGUUCUCAGCCAAGGACAUCGAUGGACACAUGGUUAAUCUGGACAAGUACCGGGGCUUCGUGUGCAUAGUCACCAACGUGGCCUCGCAAUGAGGCAAAACGGAGGUAAACUAUACUCAGCUUGUCGACCUGCACGCCAGAUAUGCUGAGUGUGGUUUACGGAUCCUGGCCUUCCCUUGCAACCAGUUCGGGAGGCAGGAACCAGGGAGUAACGCGGAGAUCAAGGAGUUCGCUGCUGGCUAUAAUGUCAAGUUCGAUAUGUUCAGCAAGAUCUGCGUGAACGGGGAUGAUGCCCACCCGCUGUGGAAGUGGAUGAAAGUCCAGCCCAAGGGGAGGGGCAUCUUGGGAAAUGCCAUCAAAUGGAACUUCACCAAGUUCCUCAUUGACAAGAAUGGCUGCGUGGUGAAGCGGUACGGUCCCAUGGAAGAGCCCCUGGUGAUCGAGAAGGACUUGCCCUGCUACCUCUAGCUCCACAAGGAUGCGCCCCCCCGCCCCCCCACGGCCCUGCCCCUGCCCCUCGGAGCCUUCUACCCGGCACCCAUGACGGUCUGCCUGAAAACCAGCCUGCUGGUGGGGCAGACCCGAGAACCCGGCGUGCACCCCCUGCCGGAGGAAGGUUCCUCGGCCCGGCUCGUGGCUCGGCGCCCCCCCCCCGUUAUCUUGUGGGAAUAAAACGUACAAAUUGG